AUGUUGUCAUCCUCUUCACGUGCAAUUGCAUCUCUUAAGUCAAGGUGCCCACACGAGCCAUAUCUUUCCAAGGUCUGCAAAGCUGAAGAUACAAUUCCAAUCUUCAAAGAUGGAAUGUCAAUUGGCUGGUCAGGUUUCACACCAGUUGGUGAUCCAAAGGUUGUUCCAAUAGCUCUUUCAGAAUAUGUUGAGAAGAACAAUCUUCAAGGAAAACUCCGCUUUAGCAUGUUCAUUGGAGCAUCAUCUGGAGCUAAGAAUGAAGACCGUUGGGCAAAGAAUGGAAUGAUUGCACGCCGUUAUCCAUAUCAAAACGGUGCUAAUCUAAAGAAGAACAUUAACUUCGGUAAGACGAUGUUUGCCGAUAAACAUCUCUCCAUGUUUCCACAAGAUCUUACAUGGGGAUUCUACACGAAGCAACGCGGCGGUGGCAUUGAUCUCGCCAUUGUUGAAGCUACAGAAAUCUUAGCUGAUGGUUCAAUUGUUCUUGGAGGUGCUGUUGGUUCAGCUGUUGAAUUCCUUUAUGCUGCUGACAAGAUCAUCAUCGAACUUAAUACAGCAAUUCCAUCAUUCAAGGGAUGCCAUGAUAUUGUUACACCAUGGAAGCCUCCGGGUAAACCAUUCAACAUUACAUCCGUUGAUUCUCGCAUUGGCACAGAGUCUGUCAAGAUAGAUCCAAGAAAGGUUGUUGCUGUUGUCGAAUCUCAUGCUAUCUUCCCAGGCAGACCAGUAAAAGGUGCUGAUGAUACAGCAAAAGCAAUCGCUGGUCAUAUUGUUGAUUUCUUCCAGAACGAAGUAAAGCAAGGCCGUCUCCCAGAGAACUUGUAUCCACUCCAGUCGGGUGUCGGAAAUAUUGCAAAUGCAGUCGUUGAUGGUCUUAACGAUUCCCCAUUCGGCAACCUUACUGUAUAUACCGAAGUUCUCCAAGAAGCUAUGCUCCCAAUGUUUGAUUCCGGAAAGCUCACAUUUGGCUCAGCUACAUCACUUACACUCUCCAAAUGGGAUAAGCUCUACAAUAACUUCGAUUUCUACAAGAGCAAGUUUGUUCUUCGCCCACAGGCGAUUUCCAAUUCUCCAGAAGUUAUUCGUCGUCUUGGCGUUAUCGCUAUGAACACACCAGUUGAAGUCGAUAUUUUCGGUCAUGCCAAUUCCACACUUAUUAACGGCACAAGACUUGUCAAUAGUCUUGGUGGAUCUGGUGACUUUCUCCGUAACGGUUACAUCUCAAUCAUGCAUUGCCCAUCUGCAAGAAAGACAAAGAAGGACAAGACAGGUAUUUCAUGUGUUGUUCCAAUGUGCACACACGUCGAUCACACAGAGCACGAUCUCGAUGUAAUCGUAACAGAACAAGGUCUUGCAGAUCUCCGUGGUCUCGCUCCAGUUGAACGUGCUAGACUCAUGAUCGAGAAGACAGUUCAUCCAGACUACAAGGAUCAAAUGCGUGAAUAUCUCAAUCUCGCAAUUCAAGCAACUCAACCAAAGGGGGCUGGCCACGAGCCACAAAUCCUCUCAAAGGUCUUCAAGAUGCAGGAUAAUCUCAAGAAGAAGGGUACAAUGCAUCUUGACAGCUGGUAA